AUGGAUUUCGAUAAUAUUGUUGAAAAGAAAAAUGAACAGAAGGCUGCUGCUUGGUUGAAACUUUGGUCAAGCCGAAGCCCGGAAAUUUUGUCUAUGCAGCUUGCUAAGAAGCAUCGACCGGGUGAAAUUUUAUCUGCGUGUCUAUGGAAAAGUGGUGCUUUCAAUAUAUGCUAUCGGGUCAGAUAUGAUGAUGGACCAGAUGUCAUUGUUCGUUUCGCUGCCCUUGGAAGGGCUAUCCUCCGCAGGGAGAAAGUCCAAAUCGAAGUUGCAACAAUGAGAUACAUACGCGAGAAUACUUCGAUAACUAUUCCUGAAGUGUUCGGUUCCGAUAUCUGCUGGGCGGGGCCUUACAUUGUUAUGUCAUUUCUCGAAGGAGUACCAUUAUCGCAACUCCUCAAAGAUCCUCAUUCAAAGGGAAGACCAGUCCUGAACCCGCAAAUAAGCGAUCGGGGCUUGAAGCGGGCUUAUCGCGAAAUGGCCGCGCUUGUUCUGGAGCUUUCCAAACACGAAUUUGAUUCUAUUGGUGCGCUCGAAGAGAAUGAAAGGGGUUUCUCUAUCACCAGGCGACCUCUGACCUUCAACAUGAAUGAGUUAAUGGUGUCUGCAAAUUUACCCGAAGAAGUCUUCCCCUCGCACACCUUCAGGUCAGCCACAGACUACUUCCAAUCGCUUGCUAUGCAGCAUCUCUCCCAUCUUCGGCUACAGCAACGAGAUGCUGUUAGCAGCGAGGAGGACUGCCGGAGGAAAUUCACUGCACGUUGUUUGUUCCUGGAUAUUACAAAGAAACUCUGCACCGAGCAUCCACAAGGGCCCUUUCGGCUAUAUUGUGACGACCUUCGUCCUUCAAAUAUCCUAAUAGAUCUCGAUUCUUCCCGUGCCUCGGGGGUUAUUGACUGGGAGUUUACAUAUGCUGCACCUGCUGAGUUUACAUGGGUAGCUCCUUGGUGGCUCUUGUUGCAAAGCCCCGAGGACUGGGAGGGUGAUCUCAACCUGUUUCUAACUCGGUAUUCUCCCAGGCUUCGUGCCUUUUUGGGAGUACUAGGCGACCAUGAAAGCAAGUUGAUAGAACAACAACUCCUCUCCGAGUCACAGCGCCUGUCUCCACGCAUGGAAGACUCCAUGAAGACUGGGUUAUUUUGGGUCUGUUUAGCAGCAAGGUACAGCUCCAUGUUCGAUGAGAUCUAUUGGACAUUCAUCGAUCAUCGGUAUUAUGGUACCUUUACUUCUCUUGAUGACCGUAUUCAGCUUUUGGACCAAGAACAACAGCAAGAAAUGAACGAGCUUGUGACGCUCAAGACCAAGGAUGAAGAGAGUUUCGAUGAUCACUAUCCAAUUGAUGAGCUUCUUGAGUUAUGA